AGCAGAAGACUUUUUUUUUUGCUCAGUGGGACGCAAAGGGUCCCACUGUCAGAGAGGGAGAGAUGCCAGGGGGCUGGAAUGCCUCCUCUGACAGCCCGGAACUGCCAGCUGCAGGGAUCAUCGUGCCUGUCAUCUUCUCCCUCAUCUUUCUUCUGGGCACUGUGGGGAACGGAGUGGUGCUGGCUGUGCUGCUGAGGAACGGCCAAGUGAAGUACAACACCACCAAUCUCUUCAUCCUCAACCUGGCCGUGGCUGACCUCUGUUUCAUCAUUUGCUGUGUCCCCUUCCAAGCCACCAUUUACACCCUGGAUGGGUGGCUCUUUGGGGCCUUUGCCUGCAAGGCUGUGCAUUUCCUGAUCUACCUCACCAUGUAUGCCAGCAGCUUCACCCUGGCUACAGUCUCCAUUGACAGGUACCUGGCCAUUCGCUAUCCACUGAAGUCCCGGGAUCUCCGCACUACCCAAAAUGCAGGAGUGGCCAUUGUAGUGAUUUGGUUGCUAUCACUACUCUUUGCAGGGCCUUACCUCAGUUACUACCAGAUUGUCCAUUACCAUGGGGUGCCCAUCUGCGUCCCUGUCUGGGAGGACCAACGCCGAAAGAUUCUGGACAUCCUUACGUUUGUAGUUGGAUACCUCUUACCUGUGACUGUAGUGAGCCUGGCAUACGCCAGGACCAUCAAGUUCCUGUGGACCUCUGUAGACCCUAUAGAGAGGAUCUCAGAGUCCCGAAAGGCCAAGCGUAAGGUCACCAAGAUGAUCGUGGCUGUGGCCAUCCUGUUCUGCCUCUGCUGGCUUCCGCAUCAUCUGGUUAUCCUGUGCUUCUGGUUUGGCCACUUCCCUUUCAACCGAGCCACUUAUGCCUGCCGCCUGGCAUCCCACUGCCUUUCGUAUGCUAAUUCCUGCCUCAACCCUAUCGUCUAUGCGCUGGUUUCCAAGCAUUUCCGAAAGCGUUUCAAGCAAGUCUUCACCUGCCUGUUCUUCCAGAACAAGAACAGGAAGAAGAGAACUGGAAAUAAAGUUCAUAUGGUCGCUGUGGGCAAAGGUUUCACUAACAGCACUGGAGGCUUCUAUGGAGGCAACACUGAACUGACUCAGGUCGCAAAGGAGAACAACAGGAAGAGGGACACUGAAGGCGCCAGGCAUGCCAGAGCAUGGACUCACCAGCUACAAGAAGUUCAGAAGGAGCUGCUGGAGGAGGAAAUCUUGGUAACAGCUGGCCAUCCCCUAGCCAAGAACCCUCCAAGAAGGCCUCAAGAGUGUCUGGCUGCUGAUUGCAAAUGAGCAAAUGCAUCUCGGAAUGGCACAAUCCACCACAUCAAUGCAGAGCACAGGGACGUGUUAAUGUGAUGACAUUUCUCAUGGUCUGGGGGCAGUCCAAGUCCACCUCCCCUUCUGUGGCUCCUGCAUCCAGAUCAAAGAGGGCCGUUGCACUUUACCGCGCUGAGUCUGCACCAACAGCUUGGUUGUACAACCUCUGCAGAACUCACUGGUCAUACCUCCAUGAUACCACCAUGCCACAGCACGUGAACAACUGAAAGGCUGUUGCACCCUCCCUGUGUACCCAUGGCUUCUCUGCAGCUCAAAAGCGAAAGGACCAUCAGUCUGGUCUCUUCCCCUGGCCCAGCCCUUCCAGAAAGUACUUAAUGGAAGAGGUUUCCUUGCGCUCUGCCCUGCUUAGCCUUUGAUCUUGCAAGCAGAUACUGCAGGACACUGUCCACUUCCUUGUGCUGCUUGCAGUUCUGAAAUAUUUCUUGGCAGUUAUCCUCAGUUCUUCCCAAGCAACCCUCACAAAUCCUCCUCCUACCAUGUUGUUCCAUCUGAUUAAUCUCUGCUUUAUUUCUGUUCGCCUUUUGGAAAUUCCUGAAGGACCGCUGCCUCUUCUUUGCUCUUUAUGUAGAGUUUCAUCCCUUCCUUCAGGGGUUGUUGCUCUCUGAGCGGUGAUGUAACUCGGCAGUAUUAGCCCUGUUUGUGUGCUUUACCGACUUAGCAAGAUAUUAUUUUCCAUGAAAUGAAAAUCAUGAUUGCACUUGUGUGCACUUGGCUCAAUCUUAAAUCCUCUCUGUUCUUUUCUGUGUGGUGGGGAGAGCUUCCAGGAGGGGGCAAUGCCACCACCACUCAAAGGGCUGGAACAUCUUCCGCAGCAUUCCUCACUGCAGGAUUGCUGUGGGUCUGAUGUGCUCCUGGGAGCACAGUUUCCCAUUUGCUGUUCCUCGUUGCCCUCCUUGUCUCGAACAGCUGUAGAAGAGCCUUUGGUUGCAAUAGCUGCUGAAUGACCCCCUGAGUAGAGUGGAGUGUCUUUCCAAACCUGACCAUGGGAAAAAUGGGAAUUGCUUUGGGGAUGGGGGAGGGCAAGAAAUAAGGUUC